UCCAGCUCAGAGAUAGUGGGAGGGGGGCAUGUUUGGGUCUUUGUGCGAAAGAGAGCAAGAGGACUCAGGUUGGCAAACAGAAAGUGGUCUCAAGAACAUUGUUUGUGCCCGUAGUGAGUGCUCUCCUCUGAGGGGGCCAUGAAAAACAAAAUAUGGAGCUUCUGCACUGAGGGCCCCCCCAGACCCGCACACUGAAUCCAGGAGCUGAACACAGACAGAAGGAGCCGAUACUGAGCCAUGGUGGCGGAGGAGGUCAUCAUUACACUGUCCGGAGGAGCUCCAUGGGGCUUCAGGCUGCAGGGGGGUGUGGAGCACCAGAGACCACUGCAGGUUGCCAAGGUCCGUAAGCGCAGCAAGGCAUGUAGGGCAGGGCUGAGAGAAGGGGAUGAGCUGGUGUCCAUCAACGACAGCUCCUGCGGGAGUCUGUCCCACGCUCAGGCCAUGAACCUCAUUGACAGCAUCCCUGGAGCACUGCGCAUCCGGGUUAAGAGGGCCAAAUCCCCAUCCAGCUCCAGACCACAGCAGUCCAGCGUCCAGCAAGUCUACCAGGACUCAGUGGUUUCCUCAACUGGCCACAGUGGUCUGACGUCCCCGCCAGGCAGUGAGGCCUAUUAUGGAGAGACAGACAGUGAUGCAGAUGUGGCGGCGCAUGAGAAACAGCGCAGGCAGAAGCGCCGCAGCCCCAGUAACUCACCAGGAAAAGCAGGCCGCACUUCCCCAGAGGGAGGGGAGACAUCAGAGAUGAGCGGCUACGACAGCGCUCCUGAUGCCCAGGGCUAUACGGCAACGGGAUCUGAGGCAGGAGGAGACACGCUACCUGGGGUGACUCGCCGAGAAGUGGUUUACCAGCCCCCUCCAGCUGGAGCCUGGUCUUCCCACACCUCCACUGAAACCUCCUCCAUGAGUGCAGAUGACCAGAACCCUGCAGUGAUGGAGGAGGACAAUGGGUUUCAGGAGCCUGUCAGCGUGGUUCCACUAGUGUCUCCAGACAGAGCAAAGGAGGCACUAAUGCUGAGCUCACGGGGACAGUUAGUGCCCAUGGUGGGGCCAGUCGACAAACCAGUGGACGAGGAGCUUACAGUGACCUACAUGGAUAAAGCAAAACAAGCCAAGCUGAACCGUGGUGAGUCACUGCAAGACAAACAGGUGAAGGAGGCCCGGACCAAGUGUCGCACUAUUGCUUCCCUUCUAACUGAUGCACCUAACCCCCACUCCAAAGGUGUUCUGAUGUUCAAAAAACGCCGCCAGCGUUCCAAGAAGUACACACUUACAAGUUAUGGUAGCGUGGAUGAGGACAUGCAGCCAGACUCCCAAGAGGAAGACGGUAUCUUCCCUGGCAGUGAAUCAGAGUUUGAUGAAGAUGGAUUUAGUGCAGCACCUGAUCCUAUCUGGGACAGCGAAGUCCUGGAGAUGCUGGAUAAGAGAUCAGCAUCUAGAGGCCUAGAAGGGGAAGGAGCAGAGGAUGCUAUUAGCCCUGGUCUGAGUGACACAACAGGGAGGGGGGCACAGCUAUUUGAGCAACAGAGGAAGAGAACUGAGGAGCAUGCAAAGAAGAUGGCCACUGCUCAAGUGCAACUGAGUCAGAUGCAGAGGGAAACACAUACACAACAAGAAACACAAGCACCAGAGUUGUCUGUACCAACAGAAACAAUGGAGAAAUACAGUGUCCAGCCACCAGCAGUUGCACCAAAACCUGCCAGACCACCAGAAUUAAUGCUGCAACAGGACGCACCUGCUGCGGAGCCCCUAAUCUCAGUACCCUUACACCAAGUCACUCCUUCUACAAACGGGAAUAUUGCCAGUGUAUCAAUACCAGUUAUCUCUGAAGUACCUAUAACAAACCAGCCACUAACUCCUACAUCUGCUGUGAUGCCCCCUCCUCCUACUCCACUACCAGAGUUGCCAGCUAGCUCAGUGCUGAAUCGCACAGCCCGGCCCUUUGCCCCUGGGUUCAUUAGCCACAGAGCAUCCACUGCACCAGUUGUUUUCCAUCCCACCAUUGCUAAAAAGGCUCCCAGACCAGUCUCGGUUGCAGUGGUGGCACCUCCGUUCACAACACCAAAAGAGCAACCUGUGGAUGCUGCCCCUACCAUCUUAACAGUUGGUCAGAGUAUUACAGUUACUUCUGGGAUGCCCUCCUCACUAGCCCCUAUGUCUCCUGGCCAUCACCCUCACCCUGCUGUGGUACCAGAUCCUGUGCUUUCCCUUCCUGCACAAUUUUCUGCAUCAGUGAACCACAAUCUAGCUGCAAAUUCUGCAGCACAGAUUGCGGUGGUGGCUGAUUCAGCUAUUCCUGCUGCCAUCAUUACUGCUGCUGCUCCCUCUGCUGGGCUCACUGAUCCCACUACUAUAACAUCAAUUGCUCCCACUGUGACCCCAGCUCCUGAGAUCUCAAUGAUUCCACAUGCUUCUGCUGCCCCUGUGACCCCUGAAAGUCCUAUAGCUCCUGCUAGCCCUGUGACACCUCUGUCUCCUGUAGUGUACCAUGAGAAUUCUUCAGGAGCUGGUGGUCGAACGGGCAUUCUUCAAGGGGCUCGCCACCGUAGUGCCCAUAAGCCAAUGUUCAAGAUGCUUGAUAACAAAAAGAACUCGCCCAACCCUGAGUUGCUAUCUAUGGUACAUAAUCUGGAUAGUUCACCCAUUCAUUCAUAUUCCGAGCCUGUAGCUGCCUUUCAAGAUGAUUCCUAUAGCAUGGACAACAGGAGGGGAAGAAUCCCACCACCAGUGGCUCCUAAACCACGUGUUAUCCCAGAGAUGUCCCAGAUUCCUCAAGCUGAGGGGAAGGGAGCAGAGCUGUUUGCACGACGACAGAGUCGCAUGGAUCUCUUCGUGGUUGAUUCUACACCCACAAGCCCUCAGCAGCUGCAUCAUCAUCAUCAUCAUCAUCAUCAGCAGCAGCAGCAGCAGCAGCCACAACAGCAUCAUGUACAGCCUCAACAAGCCCAGUCAGUCAUGGCCAUGAUCCAGCCACAAGAGCCUUCACUUAACCAGUCAGAGUGGAAGUAUUCCCCAAAUAUCCGUGCUCCUCCACCCAUUGGAUACAACCCUCUGCUAUCCCCCUCCUGUCCCCUGGGGCUACAGCGUGGGGGUGCAAAGCAUUCUGAGGGAAGCUCCAGGGUGGGUAGAAGUGGUUAUGGAAUCCAAAAGGAAGGUAUCAAGGCCAUAGACUUUAUGAGGCGGCAGCCUUAUCAACUCAACCCAGCCAUGUUCAGUUUUGGAGGUGGCUCAAGCACACAGUCCUUAGGUCCUUCUUACCAAUAUCAGAGGCAAGCACAGCAGGGCCACACCUUGACCCCACCUAGGCAAGUACCAGUAAAGACAGCACGUGUGUAUGAGAUCAAACGCUUCUCCACACCUACACCUAUGUCAGGCUCAACUCUAGCUCCCACUGUGAUCGUUCCUCGUGCACAAACCACACUCGGUGAGCCUUUGUCUCGCUCAAAUAUGAUUUCCCCACCCCCAGCAUCUUCUCCACCUCAGCCUGUUCCUGAGCCCAUAGCAACACCUGCACGAGCCCCAGGUCUGCCAGAGCUCCCCAAAAUUUCUGCUACACCCAUACCUCACCCUACACCCUACUCACCCCCAGCUCCCAUGUCCAGCAUGUUGAGCUUAAGCUACCCUGGUCUCCAGGCUGCUAAACAGUUCAAGAGUGCCCCUGAACUUAGUGCCUUGCCGCCCAGUCCCCUGAGGGCUCCAGUGCAGGUACCUAAACCUCACUUUAUUGCCUCACGGGCUGGCAUACAGCCUCAUGUCUGGAGGCCUGGUGCCCUGCACUACUGAGAGGACACAAAGGAAAGACCGAAGCCAUCCCCUCCCUUGGUUCCAACAAACCACCAAUCUAAAGAAUUUGAACAAUGGGAAUUUAUUAUAGCUGUAUAUCACAGAUUCAGUUAAAUAAUACAUUUGUGAGAAUUGUGGGGGGAAAAACAUUAAAGUAAUUAACAUUGUUGGACAUUUUGAUGGGUGCAAAUUAAACAAAAGCAUUUCCAGUUAACAAUUCAGUUCAGAAAAUUCAGUCUUUCUGAUUGUAGUUACAUUGAGGUACUCCAACAGAUCUCCCAGUCUUUCAAGUGAAAAGAUACUAAUACUGAAUGUUCACAGGAAUUUCUGUAAAGCUGGAGAUAUUAAAGUCUAUCCAUCACUAUUUUUGCCUUCCAUAUUGUAUUUCAUGAUGGAUAUAUUAUUAUUAAAUUCUAGAUUGUAAAACAAUAUUUAAGGAAUCAGAGCAGUGAUUUUCACAGAGGAGAUCCAUCUCACAGAGCAGUCUUAAGUCACUGACUGCCAGAAGGGGGUUAUAGGGGGACACGAUAAACCUCUCAAUUACAGAGAGAAUCUCAGGUAGAAAAUCUCAUGCAAGCAAAUCACUUAAACAAGUAUCACACAGUGGACUGACAAUACUGAAUUAUCCUUAGGAUAUGGGAGUUUUUUGAAUGAUUGACUUUGGAUUUGCCAUAUUUUUCACCAUGGCUUGCUUAAAGUUGCCUCUGUGGAGUCUAUUAGCUGGGGCCUAGAUUGCUUCAAAAUAGACCUGCAAGGCACUGUCCACAGGGAAAAGGCAACUCUAGGGGUGUAGAGGUAGGCCAUCCUGGCUCCCACAUCAUCAGAAAUGAUAUCUCUUCUGGCAGAGCCUUGAUGGAACAGGUGCACGGGUGUCAGAGCCUAUUUGUGGGAGCAAAGUAAACAGCGAACCAGGAUCAUCCCAGUGGGUCCUGACUAGUUGUGUGGCAUUCAUGAACUACUCCCAUUAUAUAAAACAGGUGAUAUAGAAAAACUAUACAUGUUUUUGGUUUAUUUAAACAGUGAUUUUACAAGCUAUGUGGUCAAACCAGUAUGUGGUAAAAGUACUGUGGAUAAGGCAGACCUGGAGACAUAAAAAUGGUCUGAAAUGAGAGGCUAAGAAUUUCAGCUAUGUUUUCAUAUGACAAGUGACACCACACCUGCUGGGCUAACACUCCACAGGAGUUCAGGAACAUUAUUUACUGAAUCACUGAAAUUAGGCAUCAGGUUCCUUAUUGCUAGUCACCACUGUCAUGUCAUAUAGCGACAUUUGUUUGAUGACGAUGAGGCAGAGGAGCUUGAAAAAAAGUCUGUGGUAACUGGAUGUGAUAUUUGAGUGAGUUCUCAAAGCCAUCAGUUAGAUAGGAAGGUAAUUGGAAAGCAAAGCUGAUCUGUUGUCAGGCAGCACUGAAGGAAAUGAUAGAAAGUUGUACAGUAUGGAAAUCAGACUAUACUAAUGUGUUUAUUUGACUGAGAGAAUAUUUACGAAAUGAGGUAUUAAGGCUAUAAGUGAUUUGCUUAUUGAUAUUGACUUGCCAAAACUUGAAUUAGAUAUGGCAUUGAACAUCUCACACAAUGAGCUUGUCUAUUUGCUCUCCUCAUUAUAUUAUACUGUCUUCUAUAAACUAUAAUUAAAUCUAAAUAGUGAUCAAUACUCAAAAUUUAAUGGGAGCUCAAUAGAUGAAUGUGGCUAUUCUAGUCCACUGUAAUGAGAGGUCAGUAUGUUCGACACAGCACUACUGUAUGAUGAUAAUGCGCUUUAUGUAACUGAAUUAGUAGAAUUCUAAGUGAAUAAGAGUGUGUGUAAAUGUGUAUUGGUGUUUAUGAAGCAACGAUAUAGUAGAUUAAAUGACUUUUAAUGGAAAAGCAUUAUUUUUCAUGAAAUAAAAAUAAACUUCAAAA